AUGUCCACCACAAUGAGAUCGGCUCAACUAGUGCGCAACACAUCUGCUUUGCGACCUUCUCUGGCCGCUCGCACUCGUGUCGGUACAUCCCCAUUGUCUGUGGCCAACAUUCUCCGAAAUGGACGCGGUCUUCCAUCACAAGUAUCGGCUCUCGCAAUCCUCAACCCUUCUUACCGGAGCUAUGCCACUGAACAAUCCACAUCCAACACUUCCUCUCAUCAGUCAUACCCUCCUCCCGGUUUCAACGCCGAGCAAGCAAAGAAGCCACUCCCCGUAGAGCAAGAAGCGCCAUCGUCACAAGACGUUGCUCAGUCCGCAAAGGCUGAGUCUGCCAGUACCAAUGUCACCAAGGCAACAGCUACAAAGGAUCUGUCUACCGAGGUGCAAAAGCCCACCUCUGAGGAGAAGGAUGCUAAAAAAUUGACGAUCGGCCAGAAGAUCAAGAAGGAGGUCCAGCAUUAUUGGGAUGGUACUAAGCUGCUGGCGACAGAGGUCAAGAUCAGUACCCGACUAGCAGUGAAGAUGGCAGCUGGAUAUGAGCUCACUCGGAGAGAGUACCGCCAGCUUCAACGUACCGUCAAGGAUCUGGGCCGCUUGGUUCCCUUCUCGAUGUUCGUCAUCGUUCCAUUUGCCGAACUGCUGCUUCCCAUCGCCCUGAAGCUUUUCCCCAAUCUUUUGCCCAGCACCUACGAAGGCAAGAGCUCCCGCGAGAAGAAGGCUUCGAAUCUGAGCUCUACCCGCAAGGAGGUCUCCGGCUUUUUGCGCAACACUUUGCGUGAGACUGGUCUGCGAUUCAAUGCGGCCACAGUCAAGAACGAGGAGUUUGCUGAAUUCUUCCGCAAGAUCCGGACCACCGGUGAAUCGCCCUCCACCGACGACAUUAUCAAGGUCUGCAAGAUAUUCAAGGAUGACUUGACCCUGGACAAUCUGUCACGGCCCCAGCUUGUGGCCAUCUGCCGCUACAUGAAUCUCAACUCGUUCGGUACCGAUGCCAUGCUCCGUUACAACAUUCGCCAUCGCAUGCGCCAGAUCAAGCGUGACGACCGGGCUAUUUUCUACGAAGGUGUUGACUCACUGUCCGUGCCCGAGUUGCAGAUGGCUAGUGCAUCUCGCGGUAUUCGUACCCACGGUGUGUCCCCCGCUCGUCUGCGCGAGGACCUCACCAUGUGGCUUGACCUCCGUCUCCAGAAGGGUGUGCCUUCCACCCUGCUGGUCCUGAGCAAUGCCUACAGCUAUACUCAGGGUGGCAAGGAGUCUGAGAUGGAGUCGCAGAUUGAUGCCCUCAAGUCUGUGCUGUCCAGCAUCCCCGAGGAGCUGUUCCAUGAGAUCGAGCUCGAGGUCCACAAUGCCGAGGGCGCAGCUACUAACAAGCAGCGUCUCGAGGUGAUCAAGGAGCAGGAAGAUCUCAUUCAUGAGGAGACCAAGCAGAACAGCGAUACUCCUGCACCCAAAGACAUCGAUGACAUUGAUGAGAAAGAGGAAGCCAAGGCUGAGGCCGCCUCUAGCGACAAGCAGUCUUCGGAAGCCGCCGAGGCUGUGGAGGAUUCAGCCCAGGCUGACAAGAAGAACAACAGCUCGUAG